AUGCUCGAGGUAGACUGUCCAUAUGCUCCACCGACGGAAGACCUCUGGAAAGUCCCGAUUGCUGAUGUGCCGCUUGUAGAGCCCGGUGCUGCGUUGCAGCCCCUUGGUAAGGACCCCAGCCGCGCCGGAGACGAAUCAUUGACGAGUCGCAGGUUCUUCAGCACAAAGACCCUCGCAGGCUUUGGUCCGCUGCAGGAUGGUGGGGUUCGUGCGAAUAAUCCGCUGGCCAUUGUCUUCAAGGAGGCGGCGAUCCUAUGGCCUGGUGCAGAGAAGCAGGAUCUGCUUGUCUCGAUCGGCACCGGCACGACCGUGAAGCGUCCGAGCUCCACGGGCAGCAGGCAAAACCGAACGGUACGCGACAGCGCGAUUCCUCGGAUGAUCCGAGCGGUCUUGGCCUCGCCCUCGAUGGACGCUGAGCAAGGGUUCUUCGAGGCGCUCAACCUUGUGCCAACACGGAUGCGCACCGACAUUCAUCGACUGGACCACGUUGUGCCAGGGCGUCUUCCGCGCUUGGACGACGUAGAUGCACUCGGGUUGCUCGCUCAGGAAUCGUUCUCUGUGCCCGACGCGCUCAUUCGUACCGUGCUAACCACGGGCUUUUUCUUCUUCGAGGUAGACCGGUACCCGCUUCCAAGACAGGGCUCUUUACUCUGCCACGGUUCCAUCCUGUGUAAAGGCGUCGUUCCGAGGUCGGUGGUCCGGCGGCUGAUCAGAGAAUUCCCUGAUGCCCACUUUGAGACCCAACAGGGUCAAUCGCUUGGUCGGGUCGAUGAAGACGAUGGCUGCGUGGAUUGCGGCUACUACCGCAAAAAGGUGACAUUCCCUCUAUCUAGCCGGGAGGAGUGCUUCACGAUCGGAAUUGCCGGGGCGGCGGGUCACCAGCGGCUAGGGGGCUUCCCGACGUCCCUGAACGAGCUCCUGCUGGCCCAGCAGGCGUUUGAUUCUUUUGGACGCUCGGAUCACUCCACUGUCACGUGGCCGCCGCGCCGUGUGUGCUUCUGCCCCCGAGGCUCGCGGCGAAAGGUGCAUUUUGCUGAAGCCGCCACGGUGAAGAAGAGGCCUCGGACCGGAGAGCACUGA